AUGUCUAUCAACUUGAAUGCUCCUAGUUCAUUACAACAGUUAUCCCAUGAAGCUCCUUUAAUUCGGCCAAAUUCUUAUAGUCGGCCAGGUAGUAGCAGUGGGAAUUUACAUAGCAUUAUGCGAGCUGGUGCUGCAGAUGUUGGCUUUUCCCGCUCUCAAAUGAAUCAGGAUGGACUGCGACGCUACAACAUGGAUGGGAUUGCGGAGGUAUUGCUGGCGCUGGACAGGAUUGAACAAGAUGAAGAGCUAUCAUUUGAGCAAAUACUUGUUCUGGAGACCAAUUUGUUCCUGAAUGGCCUAAACUUCUAUGAUCAGCAUAGAGACAUGAGACUGGAUAUUGAUAACAUGUCAUAUGAGGAAUUAUUAGCUCUAGAAGAGAGGAUGGGUACUGUCAGCACAGCAUUGCCAGAAGAAGCAUUGUCAGAUUGCCUUAAGAAAAGCACUUAUCAGUUUACACCUCCAGAAGAAUCAUCCAUAGAAUGUGAUGGGAAAAAGGAUGAUGUCAAAUGCAGUAUCUGCCAGGAAGAGUAUGUUGCUGGAGAUGAAGUUGGAAGGUUACAUUGCGAGCACAGUUUUCAUGUUAACUGCGUAAACCAGUGGCUACGGCUUAAGAAUUGGUGCCCUAUAUGCAAGACAGCGGCAGCACCCUCGAAACCUCCACCCUCCACAUAA